GAGGGGGGGCGCUAGUGGCAGCACGCGGUUUGACUUGAUUGCAUCUGAUAUGAUGAUUUGCCUUGCACUAACCCAAUCUACCCACCACCUCCUCCGGCUCCAGGACCUGGAACGAGUGGCGUGUCGGGGCCAUGAGAUCAGAUUGAUAAGAUGCAUUUGGAGGGGGAGGUUACCCUGGCGGGCAUGCCCCCCCCCUCUCGCUAGAAGUUGCCGUUUGAUCACGUCAACCAGCGGUAGUGAGUAGAUGUCCAUUUUUCUCAACUGUAGUCACCGCUGGGACACUUCUUGUCCCGUGGGACGAUAUCUGACAGGAUACACAAAGACGUGACCGUGCCGUCCUUCCAGAUACCCUUCAUCCUCUGGUCGUCUUCUCGAAUUCCCCAGGGACCGCGCAACGAUGACAGGCACUACAGUAUUGACUCUCAUCUCUGCUCUCGCGGGGACCGCGUGUGCCGCCAUAGUCUCGCACGACUUCAAUAUCGGUUGGGUAACGGCAAACCCGGACGGCGCCUUCGACCGCCCGACAAUCGGCAUCAAUGGCCAGUGGCCGAUUCCUCGCAUUGAUGCGAACGUCGGGGACACAAUCCUCAUCAACGUUCAUAAUGGUCUGGGGAACCAGUCGACAUCCCUUCACUUCCACGGCUUGUUCAUGAAUGGCUCAACUCACAUGGACGGGCCGGCCCAAGUCAGCCAGUGCGCCAUCCCGCCGGGCUCGUCAUUCACGUACAACUUCACCAUCAACCAGCCGGGCACGUACUGGUACCACUCCCACACCAAAGGCCAGUAUCCAGACGGUCUCAGGGCGCCUCUCAUCGUCCACGACCCCAACUCCCCGUUCAUUGGCAAAUACGACGAAGAAGUCGUCGUGUCCCUGUCCGACUGGUACCACGACCAGAUGGCCAACCUCAUCCCCGCCUUCAUGAGCAAGGGUAACCCCACCGGCGCCGAGCCCGUUCCGCAGGCCGCCCUCAUGAACGACACGCAGAACCUCACGGUGGCCGUCCAGCCCGGCAAGACUUACCUCUUCCGCUUGGUCAACAUGGCCGCCUUCGCCGGCCAGUACGUCUGGAUCGAGGGUCACAACAUCUCCAUCGUCGAGGUGGAUGGCGUCUACACGGAGCCGGCGGAAGCGAGCAUGAUUUACGUGUCCGCCGCCCAGAGGUAUAGCUUCCUAGUCAAGACCCGGAACAAUACCACGUCCAACUUUGCCAUUGUCGGCAGCAUGGACACCUCCCUCUUCGACACGAUCCCCGCAGGCCUCAACUACAACGUCACGGGCUGGCUCGUCUACGACACCUCGAAGCCCCUCGGCCCGCCAGCGACAGUCGACACCUUCGCCCCCUUCGACGACAUGACCCUAACUCCCCACGACAGGCAGCCUCUCCUUCCAGAGCCCUCGAGGACCGUUGAACUGGACGUCAUCAUGGACAACCUCGGCGAUGGCGCCAACUACGCCUUCUUCAACAACAUCACCUACAAGGCUCCCAAGGUUCCGACCCUCUACACCGCCCUCUCCGCCGGCAGCGCCGCCGCUACGAACCCCGAGGUCUACGGCACUUACACGCACAGCUUCGUCCUCGAGCGCGGCGAUGUCGUCCAGAUCGUCGUUAACAACCUCGACUCGGGCCGCCACCCCUUUCACCUGCACGGCCACGAAUUCCAGGCCUUGUACCGCGCGCCCGAGGAGGGCGGCACCUUCGCCAGCGCCAACGUCACCGAGGCGGACUUCCCCGCCACGCCCAUGCGUCGCGACACGCUUGUCGUGUGGCCUAAUGGGAACAUUGUUCUUCGCUUUCGGGCGAAUAACCCUGGCGUCUGGCUUUUCCACUGCCACAUAGAGUGGCAUGUGACAUCAGGCCUGUUGGCCACCUUCGUCGAGGCGCCCCUGGACCUCCAGAAGACCCUGUCCAUCCCCCAGAACCACCUUGACGUCUGCGCGGCAGCCAACGUCCCGACCGCCGGCAACGCCGCAGGAAACACCAAGGACUUUCUAGACCUGACCGGGCAGAACACGCCCCCCGCUCGGCUUCCCGAUGGCUUCACCGCUCGAGGAAUUGUGGCCCUCGUCUUCAGCUGCAUAACGGGCAUCCUCGGCGUCCUAGUCGUGGGAUGGUACGGCCUGGCCAAGACAGAGGACGGUCCUUCCCGGGCCGGACACGCCGGCCCGGCGUCGGUGGCGCACAUCGGCGACGGCCAGAAGGAAGAAACAGUUAUAGUCGGCGCCGUGUCCGGCGGAGCGGGAGCCGGUCGAACUUGACGGGCGUCGUCUGCCUAACGUUCGAGAAGGUGAAACCGAGGAAGCCACGUGCACCCAAACGUGAUUUAAAACAGUUUGCUUCUGCUCCGGAUGAAAAAACCUGUCGGCUUGGGUUUUCUGAGCCACCAGACGAUGUUUAGCACAGACGCAGGGCGACGCCCCGUCGGACUGCUCAGCAACAUGCUCCCGCUACCCAGCCCGACGUCUUGAAUAGAUAAACCAUCAAU